AGCACUCUGGAGCCAGCCCGUGGUUUCCAAUUUAUAUAUCCCCUCUGGUUGACGAUCCUCACCCUCAUAUAAUAUAUUACGCGUUGGUGUGAAGCUUCAACUCCCUCUCUCUCUCUUUACCUACGCGUUUUUAGAUCCCUCUGCGAAGCUCUCUGAAGGGAUCAACAGCCAGAAAGAGUAAUGGGGUUGACAUUCACGAAGCUUUUCAGCCGGCUUUUCGCCAAGAAAGAAAUGCGAAUUCUGAUGGUUGGUCUUGAUGCUGCUGGUAAGACUACCAUCCUCUACAAGCUCAAGCUUGGGGAGAUCGUCACAACCAUUCCUACCAUUGGGUUCAAUGUGGAGACUGUGGAAUAUAAGAACAUCAGCUUUACUGUCUGGGAUGUUGGGGGUCAGGACAAGAUCCGUCCCUUGUGGAGGCACUACUUUCAGAACACCCAGGGUCUUAUAUUUGUGGUGGACAGCAAUGACAGAGACCGAGUUGUUGAGGCAAGGGAUGAAUUGCAUAGGAUGCUGAACGAGGACGAAUUGCGUGAUGCAGUGUUGCUUGUAUUUGCUAACAAACAAGAUCUUCCUAAUGCAAUGAAUGCUGCUGAGAUUACUGAUAAGCUUGGCCUCCACUCUCUCCGCCAACGUCACUGGUACAUCCAGAGCACCUGUGCAACUUCAGGAGAGGGGCUUUAUGAGGGGUUGGAUUGGCUCUCUAACAAUAUUGCAAACAAGGCAUGAAGCUCCUGGGGAGUCGUUUUGUGCACGGGAAAUUCUGGAUGCAGGGGUGAAUAUUAUCUAGUUUUUUUUCUUUUCCGUUCUUUUGAAGACAAUUUGAUUGUGGCUAUGCCUUUUUUCUCCGGGAAAUGAUCUCUUAAUUAGGAACUUUUAUGGCUAUAAUUUGUAACAGAAAAUUGGUAUGUUGGAUAUAUAUACUUGAGCUUUUUGUC